GCAGCUCUGAUGACGUCAAAGCCGGGCUCCGGGGACGCCUGGCUCACAGAUUGCUAAGGCUUGAGGAUGGCGUGCCGCGGUCGGAGACCCGAACACGGCGGCCCUCCGGAAUUGUUUUACGACCAGAAUGAAGCCCGGAAAUACGUUCGCAACUCACGAAUGAUUGAUGUCCAGACCAAAAUGACUGAGCGAGCAUUGGAGCUCCUUUGUCUGCCUGAGGGACAGCCCUCUUACCUGUUGGAUAUUGGCUGUGGAACUGGGCUGAGUGGAGAUUACCUUACAGAAGAGGGGCACUAUUGGGUGGGCAUAGACAUCAGUCCUGCCAUGCUGGAUGCCGCCUUGGAUCGAGAGAUAGACGGAGACCUUCUUCUGGGGGACAUGGGCCAGGGUGUUCCUUUCCGACCCGGUUCCUUUGAUGGUUGUAUCAGCAUUUCUGCUGUGCAGUGGCUCUGUAAUGCUAACAAGAAGUCCGACAUCCCUGCCAAGCGCCUUUACUGCUUUUUUUCUUCUCUGUAUUCUGUUCUUGUCCGUGGGGCCCGGGCUGUCCUGCAGCUGUACCCAGAGAACUCUGAGCAGUUGGAGCUCAUCACGACCCAGGCCACGCGGGCUGGCUUCACAGGUGGCGUAGUGGUGGAUUACCCGAACAGUACCAAAGCCAAGAAGUUCUACCUCUGCCUGUUCUCUGGGCCUUCGGCCUUUCUGCCCAAGGGGCUGAGCGAAGCUGAGGACGGAGAGGAGGCCACAGAGUCCAGGUUCACCAAGGACAGGGCUCGGUACAGGAUGGCGCGGCAGGGCAUGGUGAAGAAAAGCCGAGAGUGGGUGCUAGAGAAGAAGGAGCGCCGCAGGCGGCAGGGCAAGGCAGUCCGGCCUGAUACCCAGUACACCGGCCGCAAGCGCAGGCCCCGCUUCUGAGCCCAGUGCCCACCUCUGCCACGUUUUCGGGACGGACUGACAAUGUAAUCUAAGAAUAUUUUUCCUAAAGUUUCCAAGAGUUUAUUUUAUUCUAAAACCAAAACAAUAAACCACUUCCUGUGGAACUUGUGUG